AUGACGCUCUCCGUGUAUUCGGCAAUUAAGCUUUUUUUCUUCCCGGACAUCCUGCAACUGCAGCGGCUUAUCAUUCAUAUGAUGUCGCGGGUCCCGCUCCUGUCUCGUUCGUGGCCGUUCUGGGUGGAGGAAAACCCCUCACGGUUUUGGAGGUCCUUCUCGGCGUUGCACCUGUGCCGCGGCCCGAGUCGCGUCCGCCGCGGCUCCCCGGUGGUGGACACGUUGAGUAUUGCUGACCUGCAGGCGGCAGUCACCGCAGAAAGAGAGUUCAGCGAGCCUGUUGUCGUCAAGGCGGCGGUGGAGGCGAUCCGAGACUCCACCGCCCUCUCGGAGCCGCUUCUCAAGAGGGCGUAG